AUGUUGCUCAACCGUAUUUCAAGCCACGUUUCUGCAAUAUUUACGGUCAUUCUGAGCCCGGCCUUGAGUGGUUACACAUUAUGUACUUACGGUGAUAGAGUUGUACAUAAUGGUUUCAUCGCAGGAAGUGUUGUAGAGUACACUUGUCCCAACUCUACGUUUAUGCUAAACAGCAGUGCUGUAAAUAGUCCGAAUACCGACACAGCGGUCGGCUUUAUUACGACACAUGUAUGA